CCAAUGUCCUGGCAACGGUCCAGGAUACUUUUCAGUCGUCCUUUGCUCCUGACACGUGCUGCUUUCAACAGCUCACGUGGUUGACACGUGGCGCCCAUUUAAAUACAAUAAUCGUAUAAUUGGAAAAGUGUGCGAUGAAAACAUAAAACUUUAGUAAUGGAGAAUUUAGAUUUGGACGUGGUUAAUAGGCAGUAUUUUUUCGAGGGUAGUCACUUUGUGCAUGCCAACGGGAACAGUAACGGGAGUACAACGGGAUCUUCGACCGGGAGUGAUUUGUUUUUGUAUGAUGACAACAGUAGCGAUUCGGCGGUGUCUAGUUUUUCUUAUAGUAGUGAUCAGGAAAAUCUGUCCGAGUUUAAAGACCGAUUGCACCGACAUAGAAGAAGAAGCAAAUGUCCACAGCAACAAAUCCAGCAGCGCCAGGCAGCGAAUUUAAGAGAAAGAAAGCGAAUGCAGUCAAUAAAUGACGCUUUCGAAGGCUUAAGAGCACACAUUCCCACCCUUCCGUACGAAAAAAGACUGUCAAAAGUAGACACGCUCAAAUUAGCGAUAGGUUACAUCAAUUUUUUAAGUGAGUUAGUAAGAACAGACAAAAAUUCAAAUACAGAGUUUUUCAACGGACAUAAUAGGAAUCUACGGCAGGAUGAACCAAAGAAAAUCAUUAUUAGGGGCGGCGGUGGUCUAUACACAGCUCAUUCAUUAUCAUGGUCCAGAGUAAAAGAGCCCAAUCCCAACGGAAUAAUGCAUGCUAAAGUAUGGAUUCCUGAAGACCCCCGAGCCAACAAAGACGGUGCUAACAGUUCAUCAUCUUCCUCUUUUAAUGUAUCGGAAUAAAUUUUGUCAAGUAGAGGAAAUAAAUAAGAACAAGAGAUUAUAUUUUUAGGGAUGUACAAGUGAUUUAAAAUUACAUAAUCUAGUCAAAUCUAGUCACAACCAAUGUUAUUCUUUCGGCAAAAAUAUUGUAAAUAUUAUGGAUACGUUUUACGUUGAUCAUUUUGUUUAUUACUUUUAUUUCAACACAAUAUAGAACCUGGUUCAGUAAA